AUGCGCGGGAAGCUCUCCACGCAUUUAGAAUCCAUGAGCUCCCGAAACUUGAGGUUUCGUCAUGUUGCGAUUUGGCGAGAUCCCUUUCUUGGAGGGACAAUCGAUCACCAUACCGUUGUGUACGAGUACCUGGACGGCAGACGCUUGAUGAGCCUGAAGCUGGACUGGGGCCGAGACGGCUUGCAUUUCCAUGACAGCCCUGAGGACCCCUGCCCCAACGGUGACGUCUUGGAGCGAAAGUGGUGUGCCCGCUUGACACCAGUCGAGGUCCUGUUGCACUGGGAUGAUGUCAAAGAGAGAAACUACGAGCUUUCGCGAUGGAAUUGCCAGCACUUCAGCAGGUAUAUGUACGACAAGGCAGAUGAAGGAGGUGUGGACAUGGUAAAACCGAGUUGA